GGGGAGAAUGGGGAAGCGGGGACGAUGAGGAUGCCGGCACCACCACCUGCGGGCUCCGUUGAUCCAGUGGGGUACCACACCAAUCCCCCACCCAAGGGCAGGCCGGUGCGCGUGUAUGCGGAUGGCGUCUUCGACCUGUUCCACCUCGGACACAUGCGGCAGCUACAGCAGGCCAAGAUGGCCUUCCCCAACACCUACCUCAUUGUCGGCGUGACCGGCGACGCCGAGACUCACAAGAGGAAGGGAUUGACGGUCAUGUCUGCGAAGGAGAGGGCGGAGUCGGUCCGACAUUGCAGAUGGAUCGACGAGGUGGUGGAAGACUGCCCGUGGGUGCUGACGGUUGACUUUCUGGAGAAGCACCAGAUCGACUACGUGGCGCACGACGACAUCCCGUACGGGGCGAGCGAGGGUGACGACAUCUACAAGCCGAUCAAGGAAAAGGGCAUGUUCUUGGUGACGCAGCGCACCGAGGGCGUCAGCACGACCGGCAUCAUCACCAAGAUUGUGCGCGACUACGAGCAGUACAUCUCGCGGCAGCUGAAGCGCGGCACGUCGCGGCAAGAGCUCAACAUUUCCUGGCUGAAGAAGAACGAGCUGGACAUCAAGCGGCACGUGGCGGAGCUGCGCGAUAACAUCCGCUCCAACUGGACCACCACCGGCCGCGAGCUCAGCCGCGACUUGAAGCAAUUCUGGCACUCGAGCAGGUCCAACAGCCCUGCCCCUGGCUCAUACUUCAACUACACGCCUGGCCGCAGCGGUGCGAAGAGUCCGCUGAGCUGGAUCGAGCGGGGAGAUAAGCACAACCAGGACUUCGCGGCGGGCUAUGCCAUGGGCUUGAUCGGUGGCGUGCGGAGUUGGAUGGAGGGUAGCAAGAGGGUGAAUUUGUCGGGCAGUCGGGCCCCGAGCCCCAACGGAGACGACGAGGACAGCUAUGACAGUAAUCCGGAAGAGGGCAGCUCGAGACGAGGACGGUCG